AUGGAGAGCGAGUGUGGGAAGCAAAGGCAAAGUGGUGAGGGGAAGAGGAAGAAUAACCAAACAUUUUCAGAGAAAACAAAGGAAACUUUGUCCAAAAUCAAGCGACAAUGUUCUCGCCCACGCGCCGGAAAUGAACAGAUGCUCUGCACCAUCCACGACAACACAUCACCUGGCUACCAGUGGCUGCUUCCUGGUUGGGUGGCGGAAGAACGCCACAUGUUGUCUGGCAGAGUCUACAGGUACUACUAUGACAGGGAAGGGCGUCAAUACAGAAGCCAGAGCGAGGUUGUAGCUCUGUGGGAGAAAUUCGGAAUGGUUCUCAUUGACAACUAA